GUCGAUAGCAACAUAAAAAUAAUAAUCCUGCUGAAAGAUCAGUUGUGGACUACCUCCACUGCGUUCGGCCUGAUAGAUUGAUCUCAAAAGCAAGGACACAUCACAGGUAAUCCGUCAUGGAGUUAGUGGUGGAUAAAUGGAAUGGCUUCCAGGAGUUCUACCAAGGAUGCCUUGAAAAAGCAGACAAACGAGUGGAAAACUGGCUGCUGAUGGAGAGCUACACACCAACCCUAGUCAUGACCCUCAUGUACUUAGUCACAGUCAAAUUAGGCAUAGAAUUCAUGAAGACCAGAGAAGCUUUCAAACUCAAAUAUACUUUAUUUAUAUACAACAUGGGACUAGUGCUUUUAAACUUCCAUAUAUUUUUUGAGCUUAUCACUGCCACAACUAGACGGAAUUAUAGCUAUACAUGUCAGCCUGUAGAUUAUUCUGAUAAUCCUGAUGAAAUGCGGAUUGCCAAAGCAUUAUGGUGGUAUUACUUCUCAAAAUGUCUUGAAUUUUUGGACACCAUAUUUUUCGUCCUGCGAAAGAAGAAUAAUCAAGUCUCGUUUCUUCAUGUUUAUCACCAUGCCACGAUGUUCCCUAUAUGGUGGAUCGGAGUCAAGUGGGUCCCUGGUGGACAAUCUUUCUUUGGUGCCAUGAUCAACUCCUUCAUCCAUGUAAUCAUGUACACAUACUACGGAAUUUCUGUCCUUGGACCAGAAUUCCAGAAAUAUCUCUGGUGGAAACGGUAUCUUACUAAGAUUCAGCUGCUCCAAUUCUUUAUUGGCAUGGUCUACGCCGCUCAAAGUCUCUACUUUGAGUGCGAGUACCCGAGCUGGAUGCAAUACAUGGCACUCGGUUACGGCAUCACAAUUAUCUCACUCUUUAUGAACUUUUAUAUCCGGGCUUACAUUAUGCCCAAUAAAACCAGAGAGAAACCAGCCGAAUCCAGCAAUGGAACUGCCAAAAAUGGACACUUCCAAAAUGGAGAUGCUAGGACAAACGGACAUGUGGAACAUAAGAAGACCAAAUAAGAAGAUAGGAUAACCUUAGGAGUAAGAGAAUCUGCAAAUGCAAACAAGACUUUAAACAUCAUAGUCUUGGAUAAGUAACUAGGGACUUGAGAAAUUUACUCUAUAGUUUGUGUUCUUGGCAACAUGAAUUUUCCAUAUCACAGUACACAUUGCAUAUAGUAUCAGAAUCGUUGUAACCGUAUCUUUGUAUGUUGUGGACUGGUUUUUCCAUGUUGGAGUGUUGACAUGGUAAUAAGAAUUAUAAAAAGGUGUUUGCUUCAUUUCAUUUAUUAGUAAAACUAUUCUAUAUGUAUACCAGUCAUAGUCUUAUACUCUAUAUACCUUAAUUAUCUGUCUCAGAAACUUUCAUGGUGUUCAAAUUGUAGGUCAGUAUUAACCAUAGUCAUACUUUGUUUUGGCAUUUGCUCUAGAGCUUCGCUUUUUAAAGGCAUUCAAAGAUAAUCAAUGAAUUUUAAUAUAUUGUCAAUCAUAAUGUAGAGAUGUAGCAUGUAUCAUGCCCCCUGAAAUCCAUGGAUUAAUUUGUUUUGGCACAAAGGUACAGCUGUGGGAUGACUCAAUUGUGUCCAGGUAGGUGGCACCACCAUCUGAAAAUAAUCGUCUUGGCGUUAAUAGGUGGUCUGGUUUGAAGAGCAGAGACAACAAACUACGGUUAUAUUUCCUAAAUCUGUGGCCUCUCCCCUGCAAAUGCAACACACCUGGACAUAGCCUGAUGUCCAAGGUUCAGAGAUUGGGUCCAUGAUCAGGCUAGGAAUUUGGUCAAUAACUAUUGAGUACGGUACGGGCACUCUUCAGCAUAUAUCUGUGAAUAAUCAGUGUUGUUCAAGGCCAAUGCUGUAAGAUAGGGUUAGUCCAUAUCGUGAGAACUUUAUGGAAGAACUAGCAAGUAAAGCUUUCUGUAUCAUUUGCUUGAGUGUGUUCUUUGUCUUUAUACAACAUGUAACUAGAGUAUAGUCUUUCAAAUAUUGUAGGUAGAGAAUUUUUGAGAUCUUUUAUUAUCAUCCAAGAGGAAUACCUCUUGUAGUGUAGUGGAGCAAAAUAUACUCUGUUUUGUUAAUUUUUGCAUAAAAUCUAAU